AUUAAUCUUACACAAUUGAUGCAGCUUAGCUUACAAUAAGUUCUUUAAAAAUGGAAUCUCAGACACCGCAAAAAGUCGUCAACAUUUUUCCAAAACGACGACAAAACUUGCUGAAAGAAAGUGGUUGGGGAUAUCGCGAUGCUUACUUGUACUUUGAUAAGCAGAAGAAUUCACUCAUGUUUCAUGGAAAGCGCUACCCAAACAUAGGCUCAAAACCGUUAGGACGUGCAUUAGAUGGCUUCAAAAAAAUCUACAACAUUGACAUUUCAAACUACAACCCAGAAAAGUUUAAACCACCAUCCAGCAGUGACUACCCAGUCACAGACAACAUAAAAUUCAGAGAAAGUCUUUCAAACCACAAAAUCGAGCAUUCUAUUGCUUUUGAGGAUCGCUUCUAUCGAGGACAUUCACAAUCAAGUGCCGACAUCUACAUAGCUUUGUACGAGAAGUUUCAAAAAAUUCCUGAUAUUGUCGUUUGGCCUAAAAAUCACGAUGAAGUUGUUAAAAUUGUUGAAUUUGCAAAUGAGUUUAAUGUUGGAAUUAUUCCAUUUGGUGGAGGCUCGAAUGUCACAAAUGCUACUGAAUGUCCAGCUGCUGAAAACCGUUCGAUUUGCUCGCUUGACACAACUCAGAUGUGUCGACUUAUGUGGAUUAAUGAGAAGUCAAAGCUAGCUUGUUUCGAAACUGGAAUCAGUGGACAGGAUUUGGAGAAGGUGUUGAGAUCAAAAGGGUUUACAAUGGGGCAUGAGCCUGAUUCUAUUGAGUUUUCUACAUUAGGUGGUUGGAUAGCAACAAAGUCAGCAGGCCUGAAACAACAAAGUUACGGCAACAUUGAGGACAUCGUUGUCAAAAUGAAGUUUGUCUCAUCCGUUGGUGUACUUGAUCAUGACUUAACAGCACCACGUGCAUCAACUGGACCAGAUAUUGAGCGUCUUUUAAUCGGUUCUGAAGGUACACUUGGCGUUGUCACAGAAGCUGUUGUCCGUAUCCAUCCAAUUCCUAAAUGUGUCAAAUAUGCAGCAUUUGUCUUUCCUGAUUAUUCAUCUGGAAUUAAGUUCCUCUACAAUUGCUCAAAAAAUGAUUGGUUGCCAACAAAUAUUCGAUUAUUUUGUAACUUGAAUGUCAGAACUGGAAUUGAAUUGGAAGAAACUGACAAAUUAAGGAACGUCAUUCAUCACAUCCGCAUGUUUAUGAUCAGAAAUGCAUUGAGACUUGAUGAAGAGAAGUUCACUGUUGCUGCUUACAUGAUUGAAGGUGAUGAAAAAACUGUUGGAUGGAAAGAUGAUCAACUUAAGGCGAUUGCAAGGAAAUUCAAUGGAUUUUACGUUGGCGAAAGUAACGCAAAGCAUGGAUAUAAGUCAUCAUCGACUUACUCAAUUUAUUUGAGAGAUCUGUUAUAUAAUGUUGGAACAAUGGCUGACACUGUGGAAACUUCUAUAAUUUGGAGCAAUCUUGAGGGUUGUAUAGAAAAGAUGAUUAAUGGAUAUAAAGAGGAACUAAAGAGGCUUGGACUUAAUGGAUAUAUUUUGUACAGAAUUUCUCAAGUCUAUAAAGAAGGUGUCUGCCUCUACACCUACUACGGCCUCAACAAAUGUGACGACCAACUCAAAACCUUCCGUAAACUCACAGACUAUAUCAAAUCCAUAAUUAUCAAAUCUGGAGGAAGUUUAUCACAUCAUCAUGGAAUUGGAGUCAAAAAUACAGGAAGAUAUAAUGCAACAAUGCCAGAACUAAAGAAGGACAUGUUGAAAUGCAUCAAGCAGCAUGUAGAUCCAAAAAAUAUUUUCUGUGUUAAGAAUUUCUUUGCUGAUGAAAAAUCUGAGGAUUGUAAAAUUGUUUCAAAGUUGUGA